UUCACUGUUGUCAUCUUUGUUGUAUUACUAUUCGCUCUGCUGUGUGUCUACUGACUGCGACCGCUGGUCACACGAAUCUACAGACGAGGGUAUCCUGUGUCUUGUGCCUACUAUGUAUAGCUGGCAUAGAUAGUGUUUCAGUGUUCCUUGUCGCGCUGUUGACGUCUGCAUAUUACAUUUUAUUUCCAUAAUCAUCUAAUUGAAGCUGUAAAUCCGUUUUAUCAAAUUUCUAAAUAUAAGUUGUCGUUUUCUAUAUCGGAAGUAUUUAAGAAUAAUUCGUAAAACAGCGAAAAAUAACAAUAACAGCAGGCUACGGUCAUGAUAAAACUACAUCUCAUAUAAGUAGUAGACGUGCACAGUUGUGACCAUCGGCACUUUCUCUCGUGAUGCGUUGCGAGUGAACUGUUACUCAACACUGAUUGUGUAAAGGAGUCAGCGGAGUCAUUUCUGAUGAUUUGUAACGGUAGUUUGUCGUCAACGGCGGUCCGAGGAGGAACCAUUUGAUGUUUUUGUGUAGUGUGAUGUACAAAGUGUUGUGAUGGUUGAACGUGAAGGAGUGCGCCGCGGAGGCUGCGGCUGGGGUGGCGGAGUCCUCGGUCGUUGGUCGCUGCGCCGUCUGUUGCUAGAUAGCCCUUUAGUGGGCAGAAGACUUGCUCAUUCAGUAUUGGAGCAAGGGGAGCGAACUGUCAGAGUGGGCACGGAGCAGGCUCAGGCCAGACCUGCUGUCCAGUACAUCGCUGAAGAUGAAGAGGGCGAAGUCCUUGACUGUCCGCUGUGCCUGUCAACGUUUCCCUCGGCCAGUAUGGUGAGGCUGGCGUGGUGCUCCCACAGGUGCUGCGAGCCCUGUCUGCGGCAGUACCUCGGCAUAGAGAUAUACGAGGCCAGGGUCCCAGUCAACUGUCCCGUCUGCCACGAGAAUAUGCACCCAUCAGAUGUUCGUCGGAUAGUGGACAAUCCGACGUUAUAUGAUAAGUAUGAGGAGUUUUCGGUGAGGAGAGCACUGGCUGCCGAUCCUGAUACCAGGUGGUGUCCAGCCCCUGACUGUAGUUUCGCGGUGGUAGCCAGCGGCUGCGCUUCCUGUCCCAAACUGACGUGCCUGUCGCCGGGCUGCGGAGCCUCGUUCUGUUACCACUGUAAGGCCGCCUGGCACCCCACACAGACCUGCGACGCGGCGAGGAGGACCCGCCAGCAGCCGCCUCGUCAGCCGCAGCCUUCUUUGGACGAGCACGGCGAGGUGAAGCCCUGCCCGAGGUGUGCCGUCCUCAUAGUGAAGGUGGAGGAUGGUUCCUGUAACCACAUGGUGUGCUGCGUCUGUGGGGCCGAGUUCUGUUGGCUGUGUAUGAAGGAGGUGUCCGACCUGCAUUACCUCAGCCCCAGCGGUUGUACGUUCUGGGGCAAGAAGCCGUGGUCGAGGAAGAAGAAGCUGUUGUGGCAGCUGGGGACCCUGGCGGGGGCUCCGCUGGGUAUAGCGGUGGUGGCGGGCGUAGCUCUGCCUGCUCUACUGGUGGGUCUGCCGCUGUGGGCUGGGCGGAGGGCCCACAGGAGACUCAGGAAGGCCAGGCCCGCGAGACGCAGGGCCGCAGUCGCCGCCGCCGUUGCUGCUGCGCUGAUAGUCUCUCCCCUGGUGGCGGGGCUGGCGGUCGGGAUUGGAGUCCCCAUCCUGUUGUUCUACGUGUACGGCGUGGUGCCGGUUUCCCUGUGCCGCGCGGGAGGAUGCGCCGGCGGGGGCGAAGCGCCCGAGCGGCCCGAGCAAGCCAUCGACCUGGACGCCACCUCCAGGAGACUGGAGCCCAGCAUCGGUGACGCGUCUCUGUCAGCGGGCUCGGCACAGGCCGAGGCUCGGGCGGCGUCUCUGGCGGGGCUGGCGGGGUCGCUGGGGGGUCAGGACGCCGCCUCGCCCGCCGCGCACCGCCUCGAGGUCACCGUGGACGUGUUCAGAGCCUUCGCCUCGGACACCGCGAGCGCCGCCAGCUGGCCGGACGACCUGCCCUCGACCUCCAUCAGCUCGGCGGCGCGGCUCCGCAACCUGUUCCUGUACGGAGCGCCCCAGCCCCCUCCGGACCCCGAGGCGGGCGGGGUCGAGCCGCGCCCGGACACUCCACCGACAUCCUAACACGGAACCUCCCCGAGAGGAACGCCUCCUUUGCUCCCUGAUCGGUUCCGGUGAAGCUUGUGACGUCACGCCGCCGACGACUUAACUAGUUGUAAGCCCCCGCCCCGGGCCCGGCCGCCCCUCGAUAGAUGCUUCGCGUCUCAUAUGCAGCGUUACUCUAUCAGAUAUUUGUGAUACUUCGAUUAAUGGAUACUUGUAAUGAUCUAAAUUAUUUAAUUUUUUCACGUUUGUAGGCGAAAGUUAAUUGUAAGCGAUGAUAUGUUAUGUGAAUUAUAAAUCGUAAACUAUUAUUAAAAUGUGUUUAAGCAU